AUGUACCUGACGGAGAACUGGUACGGAAGCAGUCGUAUCCGAAAACGAUCCACCCCCGGCGGCAUGACAUCGAGAGCCAAGAGGAUUGCGACUCCACCCUACAACUGCACUGCACCUGGUGCGCCGUCCUGCCUACCUGCCCGCAGGGUAGUGUUCCUGAAGAUGCACAAAGCGGGUAGCUCCACCGUAUUCAACAUCCUGCUACGUUACGCAGCCGAGGAAGGCCUAGUCCUGGCGCUACCGCAUUCACCAGCUCAUUUUCAGCAUAGCACUGCGAAGCUGUUUGACCCUGCACAGUUGCUGAACCUGACCGCGGCCGGCAUGUCCUCAAGCCUGGUAGCUAUGCACAUGCGCUUUGAGCGCGAGGCGCUGUUGUCGGUGACUGGAAACGAGACGCGCUUUGUGACCAUCGUGAGGCGGCCGGUGGACCUGUUUCGCUCCUUGUACGACUACUACGCUCUUCAGCGCCACUUCGGCGACGAGCCACUCGAACAGUUUGUCUUCAACGAAAAGCACGUCCGUGAACUUCAAACGACGCGUUUCGCCGGAAACCUCGGCUUCAACCAGAUGGCGUUUGACCUAGGCAUGGACCCGGAAGAUUUUGACAACCAAGAAAAGGUGGCUGAGCUCAUUUCCAUCGUCGAGUCGACAUUCGACGUGGUGAUGGUUGCCGAGCGAUUCACCGAGUCUCUUGUCCUGCUACGCCACAAUCUGUGCCUUCCAAGCCUGCGCAGCGUCGUAGCGUUUCGGAAGAACGCCCUUCAAAACCGCACCACCCUGACAUCGCGGGUAGCCGCUCGGCUCGCCGAGCUCAACGCAGCCGACACGCGCAUCUACGAGCACUUUGCGCGCCGCCUGGAGCGUCAGCUGCAGGCUCUUGGUGUGGAGCAUGUUGCCUCAGAAGUGACCAAUAUUGAGGCCGCCACGCAGCACUGGCAGGAGCGCUGCGUCGAUUCCACUACCACGGGUCGUCGGGUAGUGGCGCACAAACUACGAGAAGGCAUGGACAAUGACGACACCUGUCAUCGCCUCGCUCUCUCUGAGAUAGAGUUCACGAAGGAGCUACGCUGGACGCAGACACGCCUAGCAAGGCAGAGAACUGGCUUUUUCUACGAGUGACACUAUCUUUGAAUCUUGUAAACGCCUUUACUACUACGUAAUUCUGUACGGCCAGUCUGAUCUAUGGCUUUUUGAUUUUCAUAGUGACUUUUGUGGGUUCUCGGUGUUUUCUUAGGUUCUUUACACAACAUUGUAGCAGUGUUGUGGUUAAGGUUGUGGUUUUGCUGUAAUUUAUCUACGUGAAUAUGACAGAAGCUGUGCUAUACUCAUGAGCCAUGUACAAGAAAUUGUUGCUUGUUGCUAAAUGUUUUUAGAACAUUUAGAAUGUCAAAUAAAGUACGGAG